AGCUCGGGGGGCGCCCGGGGAGGGGGGGGGAGGGGAGAGGCCGCAGCUGACCUUUGACCCCCCGGUCACUCUACCCAUGGUGCACCGCGGCGGGGGGGAGAGAGACCCCUCCCCCAACCGGGAGCGGGACGGGCCCGCGGCGGAGCUGGAGAGGCUGAGGCUGCAGGACGAGCCCCCCCCCGAAAAAGAAGAAGAAGAAGAAGAAGGGGGGGGAGGGGCGGCGGUGACGUCAGCGGCGGGGGCGGGGCCGGCGGCGACAUCAGAGGCGGUGACGUCAGAGACGGUGACGUCAUCGCAGGCGGCGGUGGCGGCGGGGGGGCAGCUCAUGUUCUCGCACCGCACCGAUCGCAGUUGGAUCCUCCUGGGCCCCCCCAGCGACGCCCCCCGGGUGCUGGCGCUGCGCUCCUCGGUCCGGGGCUCCAUUGGCCUCCAGAGAUCCGAGAGCCUCCCCCGGCGCCGGGGUGGGGGAGGGGAGAGGCCGGGACCGGGGCCCCUCCCCCACCCGCCCCCGCCCCGCCCCCGCUCCCAGCACGGCCCCGGUGCGCUGGCGCUGCCGCUGGACCCCGAAUCGUACAGCGCGUGUCUCCAGCUGGCCCAACUGGAGCUGAGGGUCCGGGAGGCCUUGGCCGAGCGCGAGCGGCUCCUGCGCGCCAGGGAGGCUCGAAAAGCUGCCAAGGCCCCGCCCACCACGGACACGCCCAUUUCUGAUGAGACAACGCCCACUCCAGUGCAACCCACGCCCCCUUCGGCUCAGGCCACGCCCCCUCCUGAGCCCGACCUCCUCUGCGCCCUCCGGGCCCGCGGGCACCGCCCCGAGGCCGUCGGGGGCCUGAGGAUUUUGGGGGGGUCCCUGAGGGGUCCCCUCACCAAAAUGGGGGGACGAAUCAAGACCUGGAGGCGCCGCUGGUUCCACCUGGACCCCCAGAGGAGGGUCCUGGCCUAUUAUGGGGACCAAGCCCAAACCAAACUCAAGGGCGUCAUCUACUUCCAAGCCAUCGAGGAGGUUUGGUACGACCCGGGCCGCGUGGCCGGAAAGAGCCCCAACCCUCGCCUCACCUUCUGCCUCAAGACCUACGAGCGCCUCUUCUGGCUGGUGGCGCCCAGCGCCGAGGCCCUGAGGAUCUGGAUGGACGCCGUGCUCACCCUCACCCGCGGCAGCGCCGCCUUCUGACCCUUUCCCCUCAAAUUUCCCUUUUCUCUUCAUAUUUCCCUUCUCUUCAUAUUUCCCUUUUUCCCCAUGUUUCCCUUUUUCCCCUCACAUUUUCCCACCUUU